GUUCAACGGAGACUUGCUGUGGUGAUUUCUGCUGUGCGAAGUCUCCGCUUCCUCUUCUUUUGUUGUUUGUUUCUUCCGUAGUGUUUUCACGGCGAUGCUGCGACGGUGUUUGCAGCGCUUCGAUGUUCCACGACCAACUGUAGAGCGGCGAAGGCGGCGUCGCAGCAGUGGCGGCGGCGGCAAGAAGCCUGCGGCGCGCAGUCCCGGAAUGCCAGACCUGCCCAAGAGUGCAGGCGGGUAUGUCUUUCAGCAGUUGCGACCACGUCUGCCCACUCGCUGGCAGUACGGCUGGCGUUGGAGCUCGCUGAAGGGUAUCUGGGUGGUCGGCUGGGGCUCCUUCAUCGUGUACGUGGCCUAUGUGAUGUUCUUCAAGUACACCGACGCCGCGAUCGCGGAGCAGGCAGCGCAGUUCACGUACGUGCGCAACGAUCGGGGAGAGGUGGUCGAUAUCGGGUUUAAGCCCAUCAUCGAUGCCUCGAAACGUGCCCGCCGUCGCGCGGAUAAGCUGCUGGACCCCGAUGAGCGCGACUAA